UUUAUCUGUUCAAUCUGUGGUAAAGGUUUUACAAGAAGUACAGAUGUGAAAGGACACAUGAGAACACACACUGGGGAAAAACCUUUUUCUUGUUCAAUCUGUGGUAAAGGUUUUACACAUCGUCAAAAUUUGAAAGUACACAUGAGAACACACACUGGUGAAAAAACCUUUUCUUGUUCAAUCUGUGGUAAAGGUUUUGCACAAAGUAAUAAUUUGAAAAGACACAAGAGAACACACACUGGAGAAAAACCUUUUUCCUGUUCGACCUGUGGUAAAGGUUUUACAAGAAGUACAGAUGUGAAAACACACAUGAGAACACACACUAGUGAAAAACCUUUUUCUUGUUCAAUCUGUGGUAAAGGUUUUACAGAAAGUCAGAAUGUGAAAGUACACAUGAGAACACACACUGGUGAAAAACCUUUUUCUUGUUCAAGCUGUGGUAAAGGUUUUACAGACAGUCUAACUUUGAAAAGACACAAGAGAAUACACACUGGUGAAAAACCUUUUUCCUGUUCAAUCUGCAACAGAAGCUUUUGUUGACAAUCAACCCUUGUAUCACACAUGAGAAGACACCCAGGAGAGAAAGUGUUGAGUCUCAGUGUGUGUGGUGAAAGAUUGUCUUCUAAGUAGCAGUGUAAGAAACACAAGUGUGCUGGUGAGAACAGCAGCAGCAAAUGAAACUGCAGGAUUUGAAAUAAACUGUCCAGACUUUCAUUUUGACUUUCUAACAACAUCAGCACAUAUAACAUGUGUGACAUUGUUGUUUGUCUAACAAUCUGUUUAAUAUGCUUCUACAUUUAUUGCUGAGAUAUUUUAUUACAGUGCUUUUUUCAGUCAAAUACAUGCAUUAAUAUGCAACAUUGUGUACUUUUAUUAAAAAAAUGAACGGAACAAUUUGACUGAAAAGGUGAGAGUAAACAGCACAAUACAUUUGUUUACAUACAAUAAACAUUGUAUGUGUAUAUAUAUUCAUAAUACAAUUUUAGACCUAUUCAUAAUACUGUUUUUCUAUGUGUUUGAAAUAUUGAAGUGUUACAUAAUGUUAUUUCCAAAUUUUAAUAAUCCCAUAGAUUAUCACCUUUAUAUGAUAUACAUAUGUACUGGUUCACAUCUGAAACAUCUUCUGGACCACUUCAGGAAGCAUAUUAUUAUUUACUUUAUACAUCAUUUGAACAGUUGUCUUUUAUACAAUUUUAAAAUGUGUGACUUUAUGAAUCAUUU